AAGUAAAAGCGUUCCCAAAACGCAACUGUUUUGAAGCCUCCGUAAGGCGUACGCUCAUGAUCGCCUCCGCAAGCAAACGCAAGCUUAGGGGCCUCCUUUUUCCGCAAUCCAACACUGCACGCCUAGAAUCACUUACGCAUAACGCUUGCCAAACUCGUGAACCUGUUAAAUCCGCCAAAAUCCCGUAGUUUUAUGGGCUUUUCGUGCACCUUUUGUCUGCAGCAAUGGCAUUUCUCCGAGACCCAGUUGAGCCAAGGCAAAACUAGCGGUUUAGAGCUUGUUAAGCUUUGUUUUCAUCUGGGUUUUUUCGAAAAUGGAGGUGGGGCUUGUUGGGUUGCUGAGAGCGGCAUGGAUUGCUGGGACUUUGCCUAUACUGAUUGCUUUGGUGCCGUCUUCUAGGCUGAGGGGGUUUCGUGAUGCUAUGUUGGGCUUCGCUAAGCGAGGGAAGAUCAUGCAGUCUUCGUCUCAGAGAUUCACAGUUCCUCAAAGGUUCUUCUGCCAUUUUUAUGUUGUGGCAGUCAUGUGCACAACACUCCUACUUGUUACUAAUUGGAUGUAUGCGUAUACCACAGUGCCAUUGGUUUCAGAGCCAUUUCUUUACUCUAAUAUUGCCAGCUACUUGACUGGAGGUUCGCAUGCUUCAUUUUGGCACAAAUCACGCUCAACGCCAAUAAAGCAAAGAUAUAUGGUCUGGCGAUCUGUUUUUCUUCUUUUAUUGAUGGAGGUUCAUGUUUUGAGACGCCUCAUUGAGACAAUGUAUGUGUUCAACUAUAGCCCCUCAGCUCGGAUGCAUAUCUUUGGUUAUCUAACUGGCCUGUUUUUCUACACGGCAGCACCACUGUCACUUUGCUGCAAUUGUGCAUUGGACGUGUAUGAAUUUGCAGCAAAUGGAGUGGCUGAAUUCAUUGUUAGAGGCAAGAGUCAGAUGCCAGCCAUUGAAUUUGAUUGGUUGGAAUUUGUGAAUCCUCUUAUGAAGCUUGGAUGGCGCCAGUGGAUUGGUGCAGCUAUAUUCUGUUGGGGAUGGAUUCACCAGCGCAAUUGUCAUGCAAUUCUUGGCUCACUGAGGGACCACACUGAACAAGUUGAGGAGUAUGUAAUCCCUCAUGGUGAUUGGUUCGAAUUUGUGUCAUCUCCACACUAUCUGGCUGAGAUUGUUAUAUAUGCUGCUCUAGUGGUUGCUAGUGGGGGAGCAGAUCUCACAAUCUGGUUACUUUUUGUAUUCGUGGUGACAAAUUUGGUGUUUGCAGCAGGAGAAACACAUAGGUGGUAUCUUCGUAAAUUUGACAAUUACCCAAGCAACCGGUUUGCGAUUAUCCCAUUUCUUUACUGAGCCUUGACACUGAAAUUUAUAAGAUAAUACUCUUCGAGUUUGUGCAAUGAAGAGUUGGUUGA